CUAAGGCGAGACUAAUGAUCCCGUAAUAAGUGGCGAUCUGCGAGGGGACAAAGAAAACGUAGUCGAUCGCUAGACCAUUUGUACCUCGUCCGCAAAUAUCAGAGGUUAGACCUUCGUGUUUCUGCGAAGAUUUUUUGGUCGUCGGACAGCGAGAGUAACCGUACACUCAUGCCACCUCAAACGUUUAUCCUAACUCGAUAAUCGCUUAAUAAAAUUGUGACAGUACGAAAGAAUCAAGUAACGACGCAUGCGUCGUCUGCAAACAUGUCUCUCUGGGAUCGCGUCGUUCGUCUUCGUCUCAAUCCCAUCUUUGCAACAACCGAUUCUGCGCAGAAGGAGCUGUUGGUCAUCGGAAACAGACUCGAAGUGCCUUUCGACGCCUUUUACUCUGCAGUGCCUGCUGACGUUACCAAAGUAAGCGUCUCGUGGUCGCACGGUCUGGACGUCACACUGCCAGACUCCAACAGCACGUCUGAAGAGAAUGUAAUCGACUACAAUCAAGGAGUGGUCGUGCACGUUGCUUCGCGCACUCCGAGCGAGACGAUUGGUGAUCGCAAGGUGGCUUUUCGCUUCUUGGAUUCGUCUCUGACAGAGUUGGCAACUGCACAGAUUGCUGUCACAGUCAUCGGAUUGUCUAUUCACGCCGACUUCACAAGAGAUGGCAAAGUGAACUAUGGCAGUGACAUAGACAAACUGACAUGGAAAUGGGGAUCGAAUGAAAAUGGUGGAAUCGGUGCCAUUAUUUUAGUCAACAAUGACGCUGAUGGUCGUCGCAAGAGGACAGAUGUAGAUGAUGACAAAAUCAAUGGGCCACUUGAUCUUCAAGAUAUGAGCAAGAUUGGAGUUAAGAUGUCAGGACCAAAGGAUCUACCUCACGAUUACCGUAUUCUUCUCCACACAAAUGAUGAUACUUCACAGAAAAUAAGAGUGUUUGAAUUCAGUCGGCGUGGUCGCACGUCAUCAGAGGUUAUUGGUCCUGCAAGAGCAUCAAAAGAUAUCACACGAAUGUGGAAAGGAAAUGAAAAGGUGGAGCUUGUUGUGGAGGGUUUGGACUACCCAGAUAUUGGUUUUGAUGGCUCUGGAUACAUUCAUUUGUCUGUCAUUGAGGACUACAUGACUAUCUACCAGGAUAGCUUUGUGUUCCGAAUGGCACCAUGGAUUAUGACUCCCAACACCCUCAAGCCUAAGAAGGUCUUUGUAGCCGAAAUGAAAAGUGGCGACAAUUCUAAAUUUAUCAAUGAAUUGAAGCAACUCGUCAAAGCUGCAGGCGUGCCUCUUGAAGUUGUUGGCCCAAAACUGAACAAACGAGAUCGAUGGAUGCAGGAUGAGAUAGAGUUGGGAUACUCUAGUGCACCACACAAAACCUUUAGCGUCGUACUUGAUUCUCCUCGUGAUCGUGGCCUCAAGAAGUACCCAAAAUCUCAGUUGUUGGGACCUGAUUUUGGAUAUGUAACUCGAGGUGGAGGUAAAGCAAAUUCACUGGACUCGUUUGGAAAUCUGGAAGUGAGUCCACCCGUUGAGGGUUACCCACUGGGAAGGAUCAUUUUUGGUGGUCCAACUGACUACUAUCCAGAGAGACGCAUGAUGAAAGAAGUAAGAGAUUUCUUGUUAGCACAACGAGUACAAGCACCUAUUCAAAUAUUUUCUGACUGGCUGUCAGUCGGUCAUGUGGAUGAAUUCAUGUCAUUUGUUCCGGCUGACAAGUCAAAAUAUCCCAAAGGAUUCAAGAUGUUGCUUGCAAGUCCUGCUGCUUGCUACAAAUUGCUUGAAGAGCUGAUUCGUGAUGGCCAUGGAGACAAGAAAAUGUUUCAAGGCCACAGGCGCUGGACUAGUGAGGAUGCAACGACCACAGCAAAUGAGUUGGUGGAAGAUAAACGUUUGCGCAGAGAGAAUAAGACAAUACAGGGCCACAUAGACUGGAAUCGAGAUGUCUUGAAGCGAGAGCUAAAGUUAGAUGAGUCUGAUAUCAUUGACCUGCCAGCUCUAUUCACCAUGGAAGAAGGUGGUGCCGGAGCCUACUUCCCUGACAUGGUCAACUUGCUGGUCCUUGACACCCAUCUUGGUAUUCCCAAACCAUUUGGUCCCAAGGUUCGUGGUAAGUGUGCCUUCGAGACACACGUCAACUCCUUGCUCAAUCCUCUGGGUCUCACAUGCCAUUACAUUGAUGAUUGGGAUUCAUAUCAUGUGCUGAGUGGUGAGGUGCACUGUGGUACGAAUACACUUCGGACACCAUUUGAACAUAAAUGGUGGGAGAUUCAACCUGCAGCCAGAGUAGAGUGACUUCUCAAAAACUGGUUAGGUCUGGUAUGUCGUGAGAUGCUGUUUGACAUAAUUCAGGCCUGGGGCCGAUGUUGAACAUGGUUUGCUGUCUAAUGUAGCUGUAGUCGUUAAGCUGUUCAAAUUAACUAAACUGGAUGUUAAAAAGAAGUGUGUUGUGAGUAUUCUUGUCACAGUG